UGAGUUUGCCCUCUGUCUUUGCUGCUGCUUUAGGGACUCAUCUAGAGUGCUGGAUGUAAAGGGAGAGACACGCCUGUCUGUCAGUCUGAGAGAACCGCCCAGAGGAGGAACGCUGACCGACAGACAGACAGACAGACAUUAUUAUUUGCGGUCCAGGUGUACAUGACCAUGUUGUGUUGGGGUUGAGUAGCGGUUUAGUUGUGUGGCCAUUUGUCCCCGUAAAGCCCUGAUACUGCUCCACUCAUCAAAUCAGUCACAGAUUCACAGAAUUACUCACCAAGUCAAAUAAUUACUCACAAAAUCACUCACAGAAUCACUCACAGGCCGGGAUUCUGCCCGAUCGCGAGUUAUAGGCAUUGUGGCUUUUAAAGGCAAUGUUUCCAUGUUCGCCAAGAUCCAAUUCACGGUAAACGCUGCAUAUGUUGGCUCAAUCAGAAAUAGGAUUGAAUCCCAUCCUUAGUCUGUGUCAGACCAAGGGGGAGUUUGCCCAUACAGAUACAGACAGACAGACAGACAGACAGACAGACAGACAGACAGACAGACAGACAGACAGGGCUGGGUGGAGCAGGGAUGCUGUGCAAGAUGACUUAAGCACUUUUCUCUCCGAGCGCACAUACCACACCACAAACCACCGUCCCUACAGCUUACCACAUACCACACCACAAACCACCGUCCCUACAGCUUACCACACCACAAACCACCGUCCCUACAGCUUACCACAUACCACACCACAAACCACCGUCCCUACAGCUUACUACAUACCACACCACAAACCACCGUCCCUACAGCUUACUACAUACCACACCACAAACCACCGUCCCUACAGCUUACCACACCACAAACCACCGUCCCUACAGCUUACCACACCACAAACCACCGUCCCUACAGCUUACCACAUACCACACCACAAACCACCGUCCCUACAGCUUACCACAUACCACACCACAAACCACCGUCCCUACAGCUUACCACAUACCACACCACAAACCACCGUCCCUACAGCUUACCACAUACCACACCACAAACCACCGUCCCUACAGCUUACCACAUACCACACCACAAACCACCGUCCCUACAGCUUACUACAUACCACACCACAAACCACCGUCCCUACAGCUUACCACACCACAAACCACCGUCCCUACAGCUUACCACAUACCACACCACAAACCACCGUCCCUACAGCUUACCACAUACAACGAAGUCUACACACACACAUUACCAUCCCUACACCUUAUUACACAAACAUGCAUGUACCACACACACACAUCACCGUCCCUACACCUUACCACACACAAAGAAGCCAACACACACAAAUCAUACACCACACGCACACACACUAAAUCGAUAACAUACAACACACACUAGCCACACACUCACUGAACCAUAUUCCACACACAGUGUACCAUACGCUACUGCCAGGGCACAGGGACUGACCUAUGUAUGGCUACCAUGUACAACCACAUAAACCUAAGCUUUUCUAUAGUAACAUGCUAUUCAUUAUAGAAACAUAGAUCUGUAAAGACUUAUACACUGAAGAAGACUAUUCUGAGUAUGAAUGUAUGUUAAAAUGAAAUAUAUGCUGUGUCAAAGAUUAUACUCUUGUUUGUCAUAUUUCUUUUGACAUGUCUCUUUUGGACAAAAGAAAAUAAC